ACUAAUCCUCUCCAGCUUCCAGAGCACCAUCAAGGAAUUUUAAAAACAUUGGACUUCCAGCAGCUAAAUACUUCUGAGGAUUCAGAAGGCCACAAAGCUAGAUACACGAGCAUUCUUUUUUCCUUCAGAAGAUUCCUCAGGUUUCCAGUUUAAGCUCUGAAGUGCAAACAACAAUCCAACAUUCAGUGCAGAUCCCUCACUGCAAGAAGAGGAGAUGUGUUUUCUGACCAAGCAUUCAGCUCUUGGGGUGGUAUGUUCUGCUUUCAUAUUCAGCGUGCUCAUUGCUGAAGGACAGCCUGGGGAAGAGCAUGGGCAGGAUGGCAGCUAUGCUCCCAGCAGAGGAUAUCUGAUGGAAGUUUUACGCGUUCUUUCAGCUGAAAACACUGAGCUCCACAUGAACCACUCACGAGAACUGGUCAAAAUGUUACUGGAGAGAGCUGAGUGCCCACAGCGGAUUUAUGGCAUGCAAGAGGAUUGUAAUCUGUGCCUUGAACCAGAUGCUUUGUUAUUAAUAGCUGGAGGAGAUUUAGAAGACCAUCUCAGUGAAGAAGUAUUUGAGAGAAUUUCUCUUAUUCUUCUCUACUACAUUCUUCAUCGCAGAGAUGUAUGUUCUACAGAGCUCAUCUUGAGCAAUAAGGAUUAUAAAUUUUACCUACAGAGUAUGCUUAGUUUAAGACAUGAUGAAGACUGUUAUCAUUUUUCACGGAAUGAAACUGAAGAUAUUUUAGCUGCAGUAAGGCAACAUUUUAAAACUUCUGAAACCCAGUGUGUUGAUGUGAGCACUCUGGAGAAAAAUGCUGACAUAAUGGACAGAGAUGGUGCCGAUGAAAACAGUCUUCCACGCCUGGCUGCUUUAAUCAUUACUCUGGCUCUCCAAGGAGUCUGCAUGGGGAAAGCAAGUUUGCCUUCCCCAGAAUUCUUUAUAAAAUAUAUCUUUAGUUCUCUAAACAGUACCACUGAGCUCCAAGUGACAGAACUAGAACAACUACUAAAUGUGCUUACAGCCAAAAAGACCUGCACUGUAAAUGGACAAUUCCAUAGUCACAAAAGAAGACGUUACAGUAUGGCAACCAGAGAUUCUGGAAGAAAAAAUACUCCAUUCAAAGGAAACCAUACAAAAGGAGACUCUCUGAAAGGUUAUUUUGAAGAUCAUGAAAGGAACACAGAUUGGGACCAGGUUUGUUUCUCUGCCAAUGAGCUUGUGAAGAUAUUUUUGAAAAAUGGUUCUUCCUCCAUUUCCAAGGAUCACUUCAAGCAAAUCAGUCCAGCUAUCAUUCAGCAACUUUUAAGUUGUUCAUGUCAGCUUCCUGACUUCAAGCAGAAAAGGUUACCACCAACAACUGUGGAAAAAUAUGGUUACAGCACUGUUGCUGUUUUACUUAUUACUAUUGGAUCUAUGUUUGGUACAACUCUCAUUUUAUUUAACUCCUGUCAAGAAAUCUAUACACUCAUUUUACAGCUGUUUGUCGGUCUGGCUGUUGGAACCCUUUCUGGAGAUGCAUUGCUACAUCUUAUUCCUCAGACUCUAGGUUUACAUAAACAUGAAGCACAAGACAUAGAACAUUUCUAUGAGGGAAAAGAAUAUAUUUGGAAACUUUUGGGAAUAAUUGGAGGAAUUCAUGGAUUUUUUCUGAUAGAAAAGUGUUUCUUUCUUUUAGUAACACCACGUGAACAGCAGGGCCUUUCUUUAGUUAAUGGGCACUGGGGACAUUCCCAUGAUCUUCCAGUGGAAUCUGAAUUAAAUGAACAUUCAGGCAGAGGCAAAUCUACUUCAACCAUACAGUUGAGAAGCCCAGAAGAUUCUGAAUCUGCUGAAGAUCCUCCGGAGAGCAAGGCGAUCAACAAAAAAAGUAAGAAAAUCAGCUUGUUAGCAAUAAUGGUUCUGGUGGGUGACAGUCUUCACAAUUUUGCUGAUGGCCUGGUAAUAGGAGCAGCAUUCUCAUCCUCAACAGAAACAGGUGUGACAACGACUGUUGCUAUUUUAUGCCAUGAAAUUCCUCAUGAAAUGGGAGAUUUUGCUGUGCUGCUAAGUACAGGGCUCCCCACGAAGAUUGCAAUUCUGAUGAAUUUUAUAAGUGCACUAACAGCAUUCUUAGGACUUUAUAUUGGCCUUUCUCUAUCAACUGACCCAUCCAUUCAAAACUGGAUUUUUACUAUUACAGCUGGAAUGUUCUUGUAUUUAUCUUUAGCAGAAAUGCUUCCUGAAAUGACUCAUAUUCAGACGCGGCGACCCUGGUUGAUGUUUCUCCUACAGAACCUUGGAUUACUAUUAGGCUGGCUUUGCCUCUUACUUUUGGCUAUUUAUGAACAGAAAAUUAAAAUAUAAGUUUUCUGUUGGAAAUAUUGAAGUACCACUUAUGACAGUGGAUAGCAUUAUUCAUAAUUUUAUCAUGUCUGCUAUAGUGAUAUAUAAAUUAAGUUGCUGGGAUUUUAUAUCUGAACAGUAGAUAACUAUUUUACUUUAUUAACUUAUUGUUCAGAUUUCAUAAUUAUUUUUUUGUAAGCAUGAAUGUUUAGAAUUAUGUUUUGUUUGUUACUGAGUUUACCAGAUGCCAUGCUCAAACUCACAGGAGCUUUUGAUUAAUUUUUAUUGAGAGUGUUCUAGUUGAAUGCUCUAAGUGAUCUCUGCCAGUCUGAUUUGAAGAAAAGAAUAAAGCAUUUUAAUAUGCAAUAAUUAAAGUGGACUAACCAUAGUAGAAUAAUUUGAAUAAGAAAUGGUUUUUUUGCCUCUUAGUACAAAAAAAUUAAAGUAUUUCUAUAAAUCUAAAAAGUAUAGGGAAACUAAACUGCUAAAUGGCAUAUAUCAUCUCAUAAUGUCUGUACUAUCUAUUUUGUCAACAUAAAGAUCCUCAGCAGUCAUAUCUUACUGGUCCACUGUGGCAGAAAAAAAAAAAAAGACAAGUGUAAAUGUUGAAGUUUAUGACCUAGAAAUUUUUUGAACUGCAGUACAGUUUCUCAUACACGUGAUGGAAUCUAUGACAGUCAAGCACUGGACUACCUGCCCCUUGCAUUAUCUUACCCCUAGUGGUUGCUCAUAGCAAAUGCUUAUGAAGGACUAUAAGAAAUAUGUUUAAUUGUUUUUCACUGAUAUUCCUUCCAAGCUCCUCAAAUGAAGAGAUCCUUGAGCCAAACGUUGCUUCUGAAAUAUCACAUUUAAUAAACACCAGUAGUGUCUUCCUGUCAGCAAUUAGCUUAUUCAUACAUAUACAAUGCACAUUCUGGAAAGAGCUUUUUCAAUUGUCUAAAGUGCAUGUGGCCUCACUGCAACUCCUCCCAUCGUGAGUGGUUUUUGUGUAAUUAGUCCUCUUGAUUUCAAGGGAAUUCUGCAUAAGUUGAGAUGAUUCAUUUAAUUUAGUAUUGCAGAAUCAAGUCUAAAACAAAUAUACAAAUUCUGCCCUGACUCUGAGGUGCUGGGAAACUACCAGGAUGCACUGAGCAGUGCUCAACUGUGUGAUAUCAAAUUCUGAUGUGAGGACUUCUCCCCUACCUAGUUUAUAGUUUUGUAAAAAACAUAUUCUUUAUGCAACAACCAGAAAUAUUUUUUUCGUUGUCUAAACUCAAACUUGAAAUAUGUCUACAUCAUGACACAAAAUGACUUUCUCACAAUGUGUCCUGUGUUUUUUUGAUAUCUCCUGGUGAAGGUACAAUUAUUCUCAGAUUAUAGAUGAGAACAGUCUACACCCUAGAGUAAACUGUCAGACCUGUCAGUUCUCAAAAGCUUCACAGACAUCAAACUAACUUAUCAAAAAAGUAUAAAGUGAAAACACAGCACCAAGCCUGUCUGAGUUCAAGAAGCAUUUAGACAAUGCUCUCAGGCACAUGGCGUGAUUCUUGGGGUUUCCUGCACAGGGCCAGGAGUUGGUGUCAAUGAUCCUGAUGGGUCCCUUCCAACUCAGCAUAUUCUAUGAUUUGAUGAUAGCCCAGAUUCAUGGACUUGUGAUCCUAGUUACCCACAGAAUAACCACAAGGAAAAAGCCACUUAAGGAUCAAUUUAAAGAUAGAUUUGCACUUAUUUUCAAUGCUUGUUUGUUAUGAAAAUCUGUAGCAAAUACCCCAAUGCACAUCUAAAUGUGAACGUAGACAUUUACAUGCCUUCAGAAGCCUUGUCCCAAGCACUUUAUCCACAGUCACACAGGAAGUCUCCAUCUGACUAGGGGAAUAAACUGAGCUAUUUUUAAACUCCCAAGUAAGAUCCUAGCUUUUUUUUUUUAUUUAGGUGUGCAAAUAUUUUGACUGCUUUUUCUGUUGAUGUAACUUUGAAAGGUGAGCUGAGAAACCAUGACUGAUGCUUAUCUUUUCAAAGUUUACAUUUUUUUCGGGCAACUGGGCUUCCUUUUAGAAAGGCAAGAUUUUUAAAAAGUGGUUUCCCACUAUUGCAUCUGUUUGUAUUGGCACUGAGUCACUCCGUGACCUUCAGCUGUGACAGUCAAUUCAAGCAAUAUCAGGGCAUCACUGGACAUAAGCAGAAUCUAUUCUUGUAUCAGAUGGUGUGAAUGAAUAUUGGAAACAUGUGUUAUUUCAAAGAGAAGAGCUACCAUAGUUUGAAUGUUUAUGUAGGCCUAAUGUUCACUACCAUAGAACACAGGAUUACCAAUAUGAGCAUGUUUUGAUAGUGUUAUUAUAUUCUGAAAUAUUUUUCUACUAUUUAUUAAUGUGACUGAAAGAGAAAAGUAAUUUCUGGCAGAGUGUACUUUAAAGUUGCGUAUCAACAUCCUGACAUGAUCUGUGAACAUAUUCUAUCCAUAUCUAUUCAGAAAAUGCCAUCUUUUGUCCAUAUGUAUUUUUCAGGUAGCUUGAUUAUAUUAAUAAUCAGAUAUAUUUAUACAGCUCCCACCACAAGCACAGAUAUGUUGAUCAGAAUGCCAGUUAAUCCUUAUUUCUGCAACAGAGCUCUUACGCUUCUGUGGUGUUUGUCAGUCAGUGAGCAGUUCAGUCAUCAUUUUGCCCUGGUGUCAAAUUCAAACACCUGAAGUCUCUUUAGUUUAUGGAAGUUUGAAUUCCUGUGGUACUUGUGAGAGAACUUAUCUCACUACUUACAGUUAGUGCCUCUACUGUAAAACUCUUUACAUUAGUGUCUUUAAAAAGACACUGAAGAUAAAAAAAGGCUAGGCUAUAUAUUAGGAACCUUAUGUCAUACAGAGGGCUGGAAACUCUUCCUAUAGAUCUCUAAAAUAGAAAAGUAAAUAAGUUUAAAACCAAAGAGAUCCACCUGCAGAAUUCAUGUUUUCAGUCAAUGUUCUUUAAAAAUUCUAAGAAAAAUAAUAGAAUAUAGUUUUGUGUCAUUACAAAAGGGAAGAUUGUGCACAAGUAUUCUCAUGAUGCAUUCUCUGUUAGUUUAAGUUCUGUAGAGUUUGUUCAUACAGAUUUGGAGCAGAAGUGUUUUAAAGUCAGUUAAAUGUCUUUCUCUUCCUUCAAACAUAAUUGACAGUGAACAUAAUAUGCCAGUGUUUUCACUGAGUCAAAUCCUGAGUAAGGACUGCAGAACUUCAUCACUUGCAGACCUUAAAUCAUGACUAGAUAUUUCUCUAAGAGGUAUGCAAUUACUCAAACAGAUGUGCUUGAUGGAGAGAUUACUUGGUGUGGUUUUGCAGCCUGUCAGGCAGCUCUGACUAGAUAAUCAUAAUGUUCCUUUGAAACUCUAAAAUACAUGAAUCUGUAGAUACAGGAAUUUUUCUGGAAGAAGCUGGUUAGCAUGUCUCCCUUUCAUCUAUUCUUAGUUUUCAGGCACUCUCAAGAUGAAAAAUAUAUCUUGCUUUCCUAUACAGAAAAUUAGAGAGAAAAGGAAAGGUUGAAAAAAAUUCGUUUGCCACAGUAUUUUUUCCUGGAAGUUAAGUGGUAGAGGGCCUCAUAAAACAUAUUUCCAAUUCCAAACUACCAUCACUCCUAAGCAUGAGAGCUGACCUUGUACCUCUCUUUUCUGUAUAUGUUACACAUUACCCAGUGACUCCUAAGAUAAAUAGUACCUUCUUUGUAGCCAGCUAUGCUAAUGCCCUCAGAAGUUUCUGGAGCCCAUCUGCAUGUUUUAAAUACUGCUGUCUAUUCCUUUACUGUAUUUUAUGCUUUAAAUAUGAUUGUGGCAUUUCUCCAGAGAAAAAAAAUCCCUCUUUCAUGUAAGAAAAGAUAGUUUUGAUAUUUAUAUUUGUGUUGUUUUUCUAUCACCUUGCCAUUGCAUUUGAGAAAGCAAAUGAUCAUUGUAACAAUUUUUAUCCUGCAGCUGGAAACCAGGUUUAUAUCUGUCUGAAGUAUGGAUUAGGGCUGAUAAUUUUAUGAUAAGGGCAUACUUUAUCAAUGUUGUUAGCUCUUCUUUCUUAACUGUAACCUUUUGUCAAGUCUUCCUCUCAUUUUGAAAAUAAGCUGCCAUCUAUUGUGAGUGUAGCUGUAGGAAUGUGACUACAGCAAAUACAAGCAGUUGUUACACAAUAGCUUUAAUCAAAACAAAAAGUCCUGCAAUUUAUUUUACUAGACCCACCUACAUUCCUUUCUCCCCAAAAGAACAAAAAAAUCCACACAUGGAACUGUUGCUUUGGGUCACGUAGGGGAAUGUAAAAAGUGCCUCCUUCCUUUUAUGUCCCUGAUAACAGGACCAAGCACAACGGGAGACCCUGCCUAGGCACCCGGGUGCAUUGAAAUCACUGCCAAGCUUCCGUCAGCGGCAGUGCAGAACAGCGUCCUGCUGCAGGAAUUUAGAGGGCUGGUGCCGCUUCUUCUUGCAGAGGUGACAGGAAACAGAGCAGGCGGAGGCACUGCAGAGAGGAGCAUCUCAGGGUGACACUUCAGCAGCUGCAGCAGGAUGAUCAAAGGUUUUAUAGCUGUCUCUGUAAGACCCUGCAACAGCUCACUUCAGGGCAAAUUCUCAGACGUUCUUGUUGUCUUGGCUUUGGAUGUAAAAGAUACCAUGGAAGCAGUCUGGCUGAUACCUCUGUGAGUGCAGGCUCCCACAGUGCAAUAAUCCACAGGACCCCAGCAGCCAGGGUGACCCAAGGGAUUCCCAGGGUGGUCCAACUCCACAUUACAGCUGCAGGGCACCUAAAGGGAGCACGUCUAGGCAGUCUCUCCUCCCCAUGGUCUCAGCUCUGACAUUGCCAGAGAGCAUUAAACACAAGAUUACCUGCCACCCUAAAUGCAUCUAAAUGCACAUUUACAUACUGGUCCAAGAGAACAUCGACCAACCGCUAAUGCAGUGCUCUAGAUGUCUGUACAUGUGACAUCAUUUUUUUCCCCCUGUCUGGGGAACCCUCUGUCAUCCUUUCCCCAGGGGUCAGCAGGACCUAAUUUGACCUGUCCCAGAGAGAUGACAAGAGAUAAGCAUAGAGGAAUAGAGUAGUCAAUUAUUAUGACAUAUUCCAGUGUUAAUUUAAGAUCCCACCAACUUCGUAUCCACGGACUCUCAUGCUUCAGGGAAGGCACCAGGACAAUGCCUGUACUGGUGUGUUUAGUAGAUGCCCAGGCUGUCCUCUCUGCGGUAUAUGGAAGAUGAAUAGCAGCCAUAGCUCAGGCCUGACAGUUGUUUCAGAGUAUCCCAGUUGUUCCUGUCAUUGCAUCUGCCAGCACACCAUCUUGUAGGAAAGUUCAUUUUAAUUUUUCCAGCAUUUGAACUUUCUAGCAUUUGUCCUGUGACCUCCUACGCAAAUAUCAUAACCCAUAGGAUAUGAGCUCUUACCUGUUCUCCUCCACCACCCAUGCUGGUGGUUUUGGACCACUAUGUUGCAGCUGUCUGUGAGUUCUUAUGCUCUGAAAGGGAAACAGAAUAUUGGAAAUUUCACUGAGGAUCACACAGAAAGAGAUAUUAUUAUCUACACAUUGGUAUCAGCAAUGCACCUCUUAUUGAAUAGACACUGCUGUUUGUACUGAACACAAAUAAAUCACUCUUGUGAUCUCA